CACGCUACCGUUAAAAUCCAAAGAAGAAGGAGACCAUGGCUACCACCGCCACAAGAAUAGGACCAAAGGUGUCCCUACUGGUUCACCUGCUUAUUUUUAGCUGGUAUUUAUUCACUAUCUGGAGCAACUGCUCUCUGCAAACCUCAGACAAACACCCUGGUGUGCGGUCAUACGGAGGGCGCUGGAAAUAUUUGACGUUUAUUAAUCUGGUAAUGCAGGCGGUGUUUUUUGGAUUGUGUGUGUUAGUGGAUGUAAUACACAUCGUAGUGCCGGUGAAACAGACUCGGAGCGGGACUCCUCUGACGCUCACUAAAGCCAGAGACUUUUACUUCACUGUUCUAGCGUUUCCUGUCGGGACUUUUGUGUUUGCUUCUUUCUGGACUCUCUACACUUACAACCGAGAGCUGGUGUAUCCCAAAUUUUUAGAUGAAAUCAUUCCUAUCUGGCUGAAUCAUGCAAUGCACACAGUGAUCAUGCCUUUGCUGCUGGUUCAGAUGUUCCUGCAGAAUCACAAAUAUCCCAGUCGCACAAAAGGGAUUUCCGCUCUGGCUUUAUUUGCUGUCCUGUAUUUGUCAUGGGUGUUGUGGGUGCACCAAGCUUCAGGGAUUUGGGUGUACCCUAUCAUGGCUCAUUUAAGUCCCGUGGGAUUGUGUCUUUUCCUGGGUGGUGCGUCCCUCACCAUGGCUCCUCUUUACCUGUUAGGAGAGAAGCUCAACCUCAUGAUGUGGAGCACCACAGGGAAUCAGAAGAAGAAAAAGAAGUAAAUGUCUACUGGAAUCCACAUGAACCAUGCGGAUCUCAAUACCAGCCAAACAAAACAUUUUUUACAGGGAACGAUGUAACAGCUUAGGCUUAAUUCUCCCUAGCAUACAUACAGAAAGAAACUAGGACACAUAAAUGUAAACAUACUGUACAAAAGGUAUGUACACACUAAUAGUUUUCAGUUUUAGUUUUUUCUUUUGACCUAAUUUUUGAUGCUAAUGAAAAUCAGUUGCACUUACAAAAUAAAAUGCUGUAUUUUUUUUUUAAAUAUAAUUUUCCUUAUUUUAGAAUUCAAGACACUGUAAUAUCCCAGAAUGCUGUGUUGUUCAGUGGUUAAGGGAUAGUUAACUGAGCACUUUUCCCUUUCAGAUUCAUAAUAGUUAUUUUUAAAAAGCCGGAGCUGGUAACCAAUUUUCCUGAUAAUAUUACAUUUAAUUUCUUUGUAGUUUAUGGCAGUUAAUGUCAAACUGUGCAAUAUCAUCUAAUGAAAGCAUUAAAAUGCUUUUUAUCCAUUGAA